AUGAGUUGGCAGAAACCGAAAAGCACUCCGACCGUCGCCGGCACCCUUUCGCUGCGCAAUCGCACUGUUUCGACGUCUGUUUUUUGGGUAAUUAUCGAUUUUCUCUUCAAUUUUCGGAGAUUUAUCACGUGGUAAACUGAGAAAUUCAACAGAAAACGUGAACAGAAGCUGCAAAAUUGUAAAAUUUCCAUUUUUGAUCUCCAGCGCCACGGCGGUCUCAAGCUUAAUUUCAGAAAUUUUGGCUUGAGCGGAAAAACUAAGGGGCAACAGAGAUGAAUUGAGUUUAGCUGGAAAAUGAUCCGAAAACAAUAGUUUGAAGUAAAUUUGUGCUGUUUUAGGCAUUGUUGUUCACCAAGCCCGUGCUUUCUGCUUUGUGCUUGGAGAUUUGCCGCGAAGUUUCGGAAAUUGCCCCUAAAUUUUGAAUAUUGCGAAAAGCGUUCGCGCAGGCUCCUGUAAAGUAAAAUCGUCGUCGUUGUGUUCGUCAGCAGAAUCGUAAAACUGCAAGCGCAAUCGCAUUGGAAACAAUUUUUGCGUCUUCCUUUUUCCAACAAUAAAAAGCGGGACGCACACUGACAAAGAUAGAAGAAAGAGCGAAAGUGACAGCCGGCUGGCGGAGAACAACUGUACUGUUUGCUUUUUUCGCGGGGCCACCCUGUCGGUGGUUCUGAAGUUCGCCGGCGAAGGCAGUAAGCAGUUGAUUUGGCUUGGUGUCUAGCUCUAGAUUCAUUAUUGCAACGGGCCGGGCACAUGGGUUCUGACCGAAUUUUUUUUCGAACGUGCACAUUUGCCGAUUCCUGACCCAGAAAAGCUCAAAUCUGAUAGAUAAGUAAUGUGACUUUUUGUGAGUAUUCCAAAGCAUUUUCCAAAAAUUCCGGAUUUUGAUUUCACCAACUAUGUCUAGAAUGGAAGUCAGAUCACCUUGAAAAAGUGAAGAGAUGUCAAUACGCAUCUCUCUUUCUCUCCUCGAAUUCUCUUUCGUUCGAUGACGGGUUAGCCUGGUCACGCGUGCAUAAAUAUGUAAUUAUCAAAGAAGCGAGAGAACAAGAGAAGAACACGGGCGGAACAGAAUUCCCUUUUUGAAGAGAGAGAGAGAGACGAAGAAUCGCUCAAACUUUUUGGCAUUUUCUUCUUUUCCGGAAACGAGAAUUUGAGCGAGAAUGGCGAAGUGAAUUGGAAUCGGAAAAGCAAACAAUUCUGUAAUUUCCUCUGUGAUUCACGCUGCUCCGCUUUCCGCCAUUUUUGUUCAGAAAGUUUACCUAAAAAGUGUAAUUUCUAAAAUUAGUAAUUCUCUGCUCUUCCGGCUCUUCCGACGCUUCCGAAGCUCCCGACGCCUUUAACAUCUUUAACGACCAUCCAUCAUUCCUAAAAACCAUUUGCGCGCAUUCCCGCGCUCGUCCGCUGUCAUUUGCCCGCCGUGUGCGCCCAUCCAAUAGGCGAAAAGCGGCCAACCCCUCAAAAAUCGAUAGCGGGCGGGAGGCGGGGACGCGGCGAGUACGGUAGACGGCCGCUUGUGUCCAUCCUCUCUCGCCGCCCGCACCGUCCGUCUCUCGCGUCUCUCGCCAUCACGUGCUCUCUCGCCCGACGCCUCGUCGAUCCGUGCGCUGCCUCGCGGGCCACCGACCUCUCUGCUCCGCACUGUCUUGUUCGUCUGCGUCAUUCCGCCCGUCCUCCCCCCUCCACUCACACGUCCCCUCGUCGCCCGCUCGCUCGCCCCCCAGGCCACCUAAUUCCUAUCGGCCGUUUUCUCGAAAAGUUCCCACGCCCCAUUGUUCAUCGCUAUACAAAAAUCGGACUGAAACCAGUGCCACCCGACGAUUCGUCACGGAAUUCCCAAACUAACGGUAUAACUUUAAAGCCGAAAUUCGACAGUCUUGUUUUCGGUCUGAAAAUCUGAAACUACUCGAAUUUUCUGAAAAUUUAUGUUGCAAGGGCCUAGAGGAGAGCCUCAAGAAGCCCCAUACAAAGUUCGAAGCUAAAAUCUCGAUUCUGAGCAGAGUUAUGACGUGUUUCAGUUAACGUACUUCAGAAUCAAAAGUUCUUAAAAAACAGCUGAAAUUCCACCUGUAAACACUUUUAGCCGGGUUCCUCCGUCAUUGCAACAUGUUUAGAGCACGAAAAUCUGAAAAACUGGAAAGAUUUCGAGAAGCAUCUCAAUUUUGUCAGCCUCAAAAGUUUGUCACUGAAAAUUUCAGCCAAUUAGAGCUCGUUCGCAGUGAAACUUGUAAAUCAACACUCUUGGCACACAUGCCGAACAUUUAUCACGAAACUUCAAAAUGCUGACCUCAUCUUAUAAAAUAUUGAUUAGUUUGCACUUUCUCCAAUUUUGACGUUUUUAAGUCUCAACUUGGAAAACUCGAAAUCUCAGCCAUCUUUCGAUGAAUUGGGCUGAAACUUUCAGAAGAUAGUCUAAGAGUCCCUGGCUAACUCAUAAUAUGCAUAACUUUUGAAUAUUGAUAUUAGAUUUUCUGAUAUUACAGCCUGGAAAAUGUAACAUUUGGUGCAAUUUCGCGAAACACUGUUUCUCAGUGGUCAGUUGAUGGACAGAGCUGAAAUUUUCUGAAAACAAUCUUCAAGACUUUUAGUGACCACUGUCACAGCCAGUUUUCUAAAAUUUCAUGUCGGGCUGAAAUUACAGCUCUACCAAAAACUACUUAUUAAAAGCAAAGUUUGCCGAGCUAUUUUUCUGUUAUUUGGACACAUUUCAAGCUAUAAUUUUCAGAAGACUCUCCGAGAGUGUCUUUGUCAUCUGCCACGGCAAUAGUUCCUUCAAUUUUGAGCUGAAAUUUCUGUGCAGAGUUACACAAUAUUUAUCAGUACGAGCAAAACUUCAAUGAGAUGUUUUUCGGCAGCCAUUUGUACAUUUCAUCUGAAAUUUUAUGGUUAGAUGUGUUGACAAUACAAGACUAUUUUAUGAACGUUCCGUACAAAUUUUUUUACAACACUACUUGAGGUUGACCUUCUCAAGUUUUUGUACCUGCUAAAAUUGAGGGCUUCGCUUGUUCCAGCACACUUUUUAGUAAUCGUCGGACUGAAAAGGGAACGGUUCGAAACGACUUGUUCGGACAGGGUUCCCCAAGUUCAUAUUCUCAUCCAGUCGAUGUCGUUAAUCGCUAAACCUUUCCGUGUGUGAGAAGGGAAGAUCAAACGCAUUUCGCCGCAAACGUCGACGUCGGCAUCGAUAAAACCUUCUCAGUCGUCGUCGUCCAAAAUUGAAAGUUCGCACUUAUUGUCGUCUGUUCGCAGUCUCUUUCUUUUUCUCUCUCUCUCUUCCCAUUGAGCACCCCAGGUUCGCGUCAUUUGAUGUGUCUGACAGCUAUGUAACGGAUUGUCCCCAGGUGUGAAAUUAAGUGGACGACAGACAAUUAGGUUCGGAGAGAGCAACUAGUACAUUUGUUUCUUUAUUGUACGUUCCUCUUAUCAUUUUCUCGUGUCUUCUUCCUGAUAAGAUUGUAGAAGAAGAAGAAGAAGAAGAAGAAGAAAAAGAAGGAGAAGACAGCUCCUCCGUUUCUCCAAGUCGCAUGAUAGUUGGUUUCUUUUUUGUCGGGUUGUCGGAGCUCUUUUCUUAAAUUGUUUGCAGCCAAAUGUGUGUUUGGGACUCUGAUUAAACUUGUUGCCCUGCCCGCAAAGUGUCAACACGUUUGAAUUGAAUAUUUUCUCUCUCGCUGAGUUUCAGUUUAACCGCUAGAGCCGACUGAUAAUCCGCUGAUCACCGGGGAACGCCACUUGCACGUCAUCAGAACGGAGUGAGAAGACGUCAGGCUCUUUUUUGCUCAUUUGCCAUAUUUGAAUAGUCAAAUUAGCACCUGGGGACUUAAUCCACACUAAUUACUAGGAAAAUUGCUCUCUUUGGCAGAUGUGCCGGUGCGUAACAUGAAACAAUCUGAUCCCCAAAUCCUUUUUUGAAAUUUUUAAUUAGAAAUUGGCGCGGCGCUCUCGGCAAAGCUCUGUAACUUUCGGGAAAAAUUUAAGGUUGUCUGCAACUUUUGCGCUACCUUUAUGCACAUUUGCCGAGAUCUUCUAGAAGCUUCAGUUUAGAACCGGAGGAUUUCACCUUUUCUUGACUCAAUGUGUGAUAUUAUUAGAAACAAGUUCACAAGCAUCAUGUUAUCACCUAGCAAUAGGGCCCGCCCAUUUUUCUUCGAUUUGUAAUCCCGCCCUUAAUUGGCGUUGCGGGUAACCGGGGCGGUGAAGAGACAUGAGUCAUUAGUGUGCGGACGGACCUUCGGGGUAUGUGCACUCUUGUCCAGUUACACACACCCACCUCCCCCGGGUCAACGUGUGCCGCGCUCCUCUCGUUUUCGUCUCGUUCCUUCAUUUUUUUUUGCCUUCAUCUUCUUCUUCUUCUUCUUCAUCCAUCCAUCCAUCCAUCCUUCUCUCGCUCUCCGCCGCUGCCGCUUCCGUUCGCUUUUUUUUUCAUUCCGCGGCGCCCCUCUCUCUCUCUCUGUCCCUCUCUCUUGUGUACAUACAAAAAGGACAAUCCUCUAGCCGUCUGGCGCGCGCGCGCGCGUACCACGCGUCGUCAUCAUCAUGGACGACACUUUCGCAACACAAUAAUAUCAGAAAAGGUGCAGAGUGUUGAAAGUGUGAAAGUGAUAUGAACGGAAACGCAGACGUGCACAGACCCGCUCGCCCGAACGGUUUUUGAAUUUCCCGCCACUGGCGGUGGGUGUUGGGUCAUCCUCUUCCACUCUCGGCAAGAUGGCGCAAUCGAGGCCACGUAAUAACAUUUUGAGUCAUGCGAUCGAUAUCUAGAACAAGGUUGUGACAGAUUUAGACAUCGUCCUUGAAGUUUUUCGAAAGUUUUAGUCUUAGUCUUAUCAAGCGGUUCUCUGGGCACUUCACGCCUCUAUUGCCCACUUUUCCUCAUCUGUUUUCACGUUUGCCACGUCAUAACAUCAUAACCUCACUCAAAAUCCAAACCACAAACACGUUGUUUUCCAGGGAGCACGCCCUCAACAAGACAAUCGGAAAAGUCGAAAGAUGGCAUCAGUGCAGCGAUUGUCGGGUGAGAUGCGUCGAUUGUCGGGUGACGAGUCGGACCACCCGAGUGACGACGAGCCGUACACGACGGAACUUGCGGGCCCGCUAGCGAUGGCGCUGCUAACAGUCCGGCGCAAUCCGUCGGCGGCCAAAAGGCGGCGCCAUCCGCCCGCCUCCUCGUCCAGCGCCUCGACGUCCUCGGCGUCGUCGUCUACGAGCACUUCGGCAGUGCAGUCUUCUGGUGGAGAAGCGAAUCAAGUCGAUUACAUCAUAAUCGAUGACGAAUCGCCUUACCGAAAGCCAACUCCGCCGCCGAGAAGGAUCAUUGGCGACGUCAUCUACUUGUCGUCGGAUGAAGAGGAGGAAACGGAGAAGCUCGUGGAAUCAAGGAGUGAGGCUCAAGUGACAGUGGAAGUAGAUGCAGAGCCGGUGGUUGAGAAGAAGUCGGAGUUGGAGCCAGAGCCAGCGAACGAACCGGAGCCAGCAAAGAAGCCGGAGCCAGCAGAGGAGCCGGAGCCAGCAGAGGAGCCGGAGCCAACGAAGGAGCCGGAGCCAGUGAAUGAGCCGGAGCCAGCAAAAGAGCCGGAGCCAGCGAAUGAGCCAGAGCCAGCGAAGGACCUAGAGCCAGCGAAGGAGCCGGAGCCAGCGAAGGAGCCGGAGCCAGCGAAGGACCUAGAGCCAGCGAAGGAGCCGGAGCCAGCGAAGGACCCAGAGCCAGCGAAGGACUCAGAAAAUGAACUAGAGAAGGAGCCAACGAGGGAGUUAGAACCGGAGCAAGCGACGGAGCCAGAACAGGAACAGGUGCCGGAAUCAGAGCCGACAACUUCAUUGACACCAGCUCCAUCUCCAGUAGAACAGUGUCAGCUCGAGCCGAGCACUUUCACUCUCACACCCACUCCUGAACCAGCCAAAGAAGCCGAAGUUGAGCCGGAUCCCUCGCCUCCAUUCGAAUUCGCCGAAAAAACGCCAGAGCAAGAAGAAGAAGAAGAGGGCAAGGAGAAGCCGCCGGCACAGGAAAAUGAGGAGCCGAAGCAAGCGACGCGCGGCCAAAAACGGUCGAAGAAAGUGCAAGGACCAGCGGUGCGAAAGAGUAGGCGGAUCAACCGCGACGGCUACCAGGCGGUCGAUGACGAGCUCAUCGCCAACUUUCACAAUGGACUGGGAGUCUUGAGUGAGUUUGCUGUAGGGGCUUGAGGGUUACUGUAGCGGCAUCAGGAAUACUGUAGAUGCUUUCGAACUAUUUUAGAGACUUCUGGAUUACUGUAGCCUUAAUCUAGAAUCAUAUCUUUUCAGACCGCGGAACACAAGUGCCGAAAGGUCUGAAGCGCUCUGCGUUCCAAUUCAAAGAGCAGGCUCAGGACAGAGUCAAAGACUCCCUCAAGAUCGACAUGAAGCCAGUGUUCGCCAAAGCCGGUCCCCUCUCCCAAGGAUUUCCCGUCGAAGAGCCUUCCACCUCCGCCUCCUCCUCCUCCUCCAAAAAACCAACUCGACGACAAACAUCGGAACCGACGGAAGAAGACGACGAGGAUAAGCAGGAGGAGUCGUUCCUCAAAUCCAGUAAUGGAUCCGUCAAAAUUGGCCUGAAUUCGCAGGCGGACAUUUCCGAGUAUCCGUUGAGAAAGCCGGCGAAGGAUGACGAUCGAGACGAGCUGAUGUGGGAGCAGCCGAAGGAGCGGUCACUCGAAAUCGAUGAAUAUCGACGAGCUGUCUUCCAGCAAUUCGAGGGUCACAUUCCGAUGGAGACGAUCCUUCAGCAUCUGAUGCAGUGUAACUACGAUCAGCUCGAAGCCUUAGAAACGAUUGAUCAGAAGCUGAAGGAGCUGCCGCAGGCGCUCAAGCCGAUCUGUAUGGCGCAGUUUAAGGCUCUCAAUAAGGCGGCCGAUUCGGGAAAGAACUCCCGACGAUAUUUGCAGGAGAAUGCGGUUAGUUUUAACAGAAAACACUCUGUCAAAUUAAUGUAAACUUGCACAUUUUCAGCUCCGCAACUAUCAUCUCGGAGAAGUGCAGCAGAUUUUGUACCAAUUCCGACGAUUCACAAAGUACAUUGACCGAUACGGAGGCGGCUGCAAUUGCGACGACUUUCUGUACAGGCGAAUGUACUUCGAGCCGCGAUGGGCGUGCGGUAACUGCACACGAAACAUCCGUCCGGCCGCCGAUCCGGAGAAGCGUUGCCUGAUUUGUGAGACCUACCGAGACAUCAGCGAAAAAGAUCGACCAGCCGAGAAUCCGGUGUUCAGCGAUGAUGAAAUGCAGAAAAUUGACGAGUGGAAGGCGAUGGAGCAGGAAGCGGAGAAGACGAUCGAGCGGGAGGAGUACGAGAAGAUGUCGAGCGAGAAGAAGACGGAGAGAUGGCUCCAGAACAUCACGACGCUCGAGGAGAAUGCGAUGCUCAACGAGAAGGAUCUGAAGAUCUCGAACCGCCGCCACAAGGGCUCGCUGACCGAGGCGGAGCUCGAGAAGCGUGGCCAACGUGUCGCCGAGCAACUCCAGCCGCACAUCUUCCCGCACAUUGUCUUCUGCCGAUGCGCAGAGUCCUCGUUCGAACAGCACGGCGCCGAAGAGGCCGAGGAAGUAACUUUCACGGAGGAUGAAGUCAAAAGUUACGCCAAAGCGGUGAAGGAUGCGAAAGGGGAUCUGGAGACGGCCUCCCGAAAAUUGAGAGUCAAAUUACGGAUGGUCGAACAGUUUGUGAGAAUGUGCAAUUCGCAAGAGUUUGCUCAUUUGGACCUGGCAUCGGUGAGUGUAUACUUUGUCGUCGGGUUACUGUAGUACUAUUGCUCUCUAAACUUACAGUUGUCAUGACUCGAUUUUGCAGGCGUUCCCCGACGGAAAGAUCCCGAAGAUCGUGCGGAGCGGGCGUGAAGCUCGCGUCAUUCUCCCGUACACCCUCGACAGUUCGCGUGACGGUUCCCCGUACAUGCUGCCCGCCGAGCAAAGAGCACUUGAGUCGAGGCAGAAGCGGAAGAGGCAGCAGAAAGCGGCGUGCAGGCGGAAAACGAAAAAAACGGAAGGAGGAGAGCCGAACGCGAAACGCUCAAAAUCCUAA